GUUUAGUAGGCUAUCAUUGAGAACUGAUACCAGUUAAAGCCGAAUUGAAUCCCAAACCUUGGCGAGUGUAGCCUUAAUAUUAUACCACUUCAAAGACUCCGAUUCCCGGCAUGCAACAGAACAAAACAUUGCCUCCCUUCGCCUAUCCAUCGCGGCUUUUGGCACGCCCCAGCGGGGGUUCUAAGCUGAAAGGGUUCAUUGUGUCGGGUACUGAAUGGAGACUUUGCUGUUUAAUGUGUGGAUGUCGAACUCCGUCUGUUGUAGCCACAGGCAGGAUUAACUAGCCAGAUCGCUCCACACAAUCGCACACUGCCGUAUCUGAAUCAUGCACACUAUCGCAAAUAGCGCAAACUGGGAGUGGGGCGUUUAUUGUGCGCGAUACGGGUAAGGAUGCGGUUUUGAUCCGCUGUGAACCUGUGCAUUGUUCCACCGUGGAAAGAUGAAUGGAGAGACCGACAAAAAUCACGGAUUAACAAUGUAGUAGUGCUUUUGCCACGCAUCGGAUAUCACGUUCUGCAGGUUUCUGAAUUCUCACCCGUGGGAACCAGACUUUAAUGUGAUUGAGGCUUUCGUCCAUCGUGGAUUUCUCCACUCGACUUGUAUUUUCUGGAGGAAACUGUGGGAAAACGUGUUUCUGUCUGUAACAGAGGAAAACAGCGGACAAUAACAUGGGGAACGCUGAGAGUAUGGAUGCCCAGCUCACAGACUUCAGGGCGAGGAACAAGCCCCCAAACUACCCAUGCCAGACCCUGCAGAAUUGGAGGAGAGAUUCGCAAUUGCCUUGAAUUCAAUGAACCUGCCUCCUGACAAAGUGAGACUACUGCGACAGUACGACAAUGAGAAGAAAUGGGAGCUGAUUUGUGACCAGGAACGAUUCCAGGUGAAGAACCCCCCACACACGUAUAUCCAGAAGCUCAAAGGCUUCCUGGACCCAGCUGUCACCAGGAAGAAAUUUCGCCGAAGAGUGCAGGAGUCGACCCAAGUGCUCCGUGAGUUGGAGAUCUCGCUGCGAACCAAUCACAUCGGCUGGGUGAGAGAAUUCCUGAAUGAGGAGAAUAAGGGUCUGGACGUGCUGGUGGAGUAUCUGUCCUUUGCUCAAUAUGCUGUCACGUGAGUAGCUCUCGCUAAUGU